AUGGGAUCACAAGACAGUUUCAAUGGAUGCGAACAACCAGAGGCACUUCUGCUUUGUCAAAACGGAUGUGGGUUUUUUGGAACAGCAGCGAAUUUGAAUAUGUGUAGCAAGUGUUACAGAGAUCAUCUCAAGGAAGAAGUGGACUCUACCGGUGAUUCUAAUGUUGCUGCAAAGGAGACUGUUGCGGCUUCGUUGAGUUCUGGAUCAUCAUCAUCGGCAACAUCUGGAGGAGAAAGUGGUGCAGUAGCGAAGAACAUGUGUUUUAGUUGUAACAAGAAAGUGGGAUUGACAGGGAUCAAGUGCAAGUGCAGAUCAGUUUUCUGCUCGCUUCAUCGUUACCCUAAGAAGCAUUCAUGUGAUUUCGACUACAAGAGCGUUGGAAGAGAAUCACUAGCAAAAUUGGAUUCGCAAGUCAAGGCAGACAAGAUUGAUAGAUUUUAA